AUGCGAAAAGGUUAGGGAGAGAGACAAGUAUCUUAAUUCGGAAUGUGAGCAUAUGUGUAGACAAACCACAAGUAGGGAGGUGUAUAAGAGAUAUGAAAUAGAAAAGCUGAAGUUGAAAGAAACGUUUGCAAGUUACCAAGGUCGAGUGUCUUUCACUUCUGACUUGUGGACGAGUCGUAGCCAAGUGAGGGGUUAUAUCUGCCUCACUGCUCAUUAUAUUGAUGAGAAAUGGAAGCUACACAGUCACAUCUUGGCAUUUUGCGAUGUCAAACCCCCACAUACCGGUGAAGCAAUAGCCAAGAAGAUUUUUGAUAUCCUAAAGGAGUGGGGGUUAGAGCGAAGAGUGUUUUCCCUCACCUUAGAUAACGCCUCUGCUAAUGACAACAUGUAAAAGAUCCUUACUCAUCGUCUGCAGAGUGGGAAUGGCUUGUUGUGCGAUGGAAAGUUCCUCCAUGUAAGGUGGUGCGCCCACAUUUCGAAUCUGAUUGUCAAGAAAGGGUUAGAGUUAGGUUCUAGUCUUUUGGUGAACAUUAGGGAGAGCGUUAAAGCUUCUGAUUCAAGGAAGGAUUCUUUUGCUACGUGUGUUGAGAGCGCUGGUAUUGAGAGCAGUGCUGGUUUAUCUUUGUAUGUGGACACACGGUGGAACUCCACUUACGAGAUGUUGGUGAGAGCUCUCAAGUUUCGUAAAGCCUUUGAUAAUCUGCAUUUGUAUGAUAGAAACUACAAAUGUUUGCCUUCUGAAGAAGAGUGGGAUCGCGGUGAGAAGAUUCGAGACUUCUUGAAGCCAUUUAGUACAAUCACAGCAUACUUCUCUGGAGUCAACUACCCCACAGCCAGUGUUUAUUUCAUGCUAGUAUGGAAGAUCGAGUUGUUGUUGAAGAGGUAUGCAAGGUGUAAGGAUAAUGAGAUAAGAUUAAUGGUUGUGGAUAUGAAAAGUAAGUUUGCUAAAUACUGGGACGAGUACAGUCUUAUUUUAGCUAUGGCAGCAGUACUAGACCCAAGGAUUAAGCUGCAUAUGCUUAAGGAAGCUUAUCAUAAGCUGGAUCCUAGAACUUCCGAGAAGAAGGUUGAAGUCGUGAGGAAGAGCUUGGAGUUGCUUUAUAAAGAGUAUAGUUCAAAGUCAUCUGAAAGUUCUUCCAGAUUUGCAAAAAAAACUCCACAUGAGCUCCUUACAGAAUCUCCUCUUGAAGAUGAUUUCGAUGAUGAUCUGCUUGAGCUUGAAAGGUGUAUCCAAUUUGGUUCAAACAACGAAAGGACAAAUCUGGACAUGUAUUUGGCUGAUACUAAGGUUGAUAUUUCGGCUUUCUCAGAUAUGGAGGUGUUAGACUACUGGAAAGAUAAGCAACACAGAUAUGGUGACUUAGCUUUGCUUGCCCGUGAUAUUCUUAGCAUUCCUAUUACUACUGUUGCGUUUGAAUUUGCGUUUAGUGUGGGAGGUCGGGUUUUGAGUCCUUUAGAAACCGUCUCCACCCUAAAACUGUCCAAGCAUUGAUCUGUACGCGAAACUGGCUACGCGGGUUUGUUGAGUUUGAAGGAGACAUUGAGGAGUACUUUGAUUAUGAUGAUGAGGAUGCUAAUAAAAGAGCAAGUAGCUCAGGAAAUGAAGAUUCAAACAUUUGGUAACUUCCGUGCAUUUAGCUCUUUGUGUAACUUGUAAACUGCUUUAGCUCGUUUCAAGUUGAUAUAUUGAUAUUGGACUACUGGUAAACUGUAUCUUGCUGUCUGUGAUUGUAUCUUGCUGUCUGAGAUUGUAUUUUGCUGUUUGGUAGACUAUAAGAUGUAUCUUGUUGUCUAAGACUGUAGCUUGUGUCUUAGCUUGUGUCGUCCUGUAUAGCGAAUGUUGAUGAUUAUUGGACCGUUCCGUGUUUAAACUUCACGAUUGGUUUAAUAAAAUUGGACUUUUUAAGCAGAUUA